AUGGAACCCCUCACCUUUCGCAUCGGCGCGGUCGUCGAGGCGUCGCCGGUGGCCUUCGGCCGGGCGUUUGCGGACCAAGCGCCCGCGGGAACCGUCUAUCGCGGGAUGGUCGUCGGGCGCGACGAGGACGAUGAUAACGGUGUUGCGGAGGGACGGAGGGUCUGGCGCGUGCUUUACGACGACGACGACACCGUCUGGCCGACGGCGCAGGAGCAUCUUACGCCCGUCCGCGCGCGGCCAGAAGAGGUCGCGAGGGCGCAGAGGCUAGACUGCGCGCGGGCACAACCCGAACCGAAGAAGGCGAAGAAGCGCACGACGCUGGCGACACCGCCGGCGCCGAAGCCGGCCGCGCCAGCGAGGCCGGCCGACCUCGCGCGCUUUAGGGUCGGCGCCGGCGCGGCGUCGGCAGCGCCGCGGCCGGCGGCCCGCGCGCCAGCGGCGGUUGACGGCGCGUCCCCCGCGCGGCGGCCCGCGUGGGCCCUGGGCUCGGUCGACCCGAGCGCCUCGAGCCGUCCCAGCGCGAGCGCGAACGAAGCCGGCGCCGCCGUCAGCCGCUGGGCCGCCGUGCAGGCGGCCGCGCGGCGCGCGCCGUCGCCGGCGUUCGACGCGCCUCCCGCGAAGAAGGCGUACAAGCGCGCGCGACGCGUCGACGCCGGGGCUGGCGCGCCGCACCAGCGCCGGCUCUUUGCGCUCCUGGACCUCGACGGCACGUUGUUCCACAUGUUGCCCGAGGCCGAGGUGCCGACGAACCUCGAGGCGAUUUGCGAGGGCGUCGUGCCGCUCGACGCUCCGGUCCCGGGCCCCGCCGCGGCGGCGACCCCCGCGCGCCACGUGCUCUGCGUGCGCAAGGGCACGCGCGCGCUGCUCGCGGCGUUGCGCGCCUGCGGCGCGACCGUGCGCGUGGUCACGGCGAAUCUCAUGGGCGUCGAAGCCGUCGCGGCGCUCGCGGCGCACGAGGCGGCGACCGAGGCUUCGACCGGCGACGCGCUCCAGGGCUGGCGCGGCGCGCUCGACGUCACGGUCGUCGUCGACCGCGCGCCGGGGUCGAAGCGGCUGCCCGACGACGUCGCCGCCGCGCUCCGCGCGCAACGAACGGCACGCUGCGUCAUUCUCGACGACAACCCGACGGCCUGGGCGGCGCCCGCGAAGCCGCACGUUUGGGUCGUCCCGCAGUUCGACGUGCGGCGGCCGUUGACCUCGCAGGAACUCCACGCCGAGCUGCGGCUCCUCCCGAGCAUCUCCGAGCGCUGCCGCGCCUUCUUCGCACCGCCAGUCCACGCUCCGCCCGCCGCCAGGAGGACGGCGACCCCGGCGCCCGCGCCCGCCUCGGCCCCGAGUCCGCGGUCUGCGCCGGAGCCGGCGCCCGCGCCGGUUCCGAGGCCUCCGUCGCAGCCGACCACUAGCGUUUCUGGGGGGCUCGGCACCGCCCGAGGAAAAAAGGGCCGGACUCGCGGUCGCCGUCGAACGCCCGCGCCGUCCGAGACGGACGACGAGGAGGAAGCGGACGACUGUCGCGAGACGGCGCAAGGCGGGGUCCUGCGAAGGAGCGAACGGCGCCGGACACCCACGCGCCGCGCCGCCGAGGGUGAGGACGAGGACGAGGAAGACUGGGACUCGUCGGUGCCCGAGGCAGAGGAGGAGGACGACGACGAUUGGGGCCGGCCGGCGCGCCGGCCGGCGCGCCGCCCGGCGCCGCGCAAACGCCGCCGAAUCAAGGAGGAGGAGGAAGAGACCGAAGGGGACUCGGAGGAGGAAGUCCUCGAAUCUGGCCGCGUCUAA